UCCUUCAGGCGCACGCUUACUGUGUAUCGUGUGUAGUGUUACUGCGUAUACCGGGCUGCAGGAGAGGAGAUCGGGCGCUCAGGGAGCAAAACAGCCUUCGAAAGAGUUCGUUUUUGUGUGUAAACAUGGACAGGAGGGAGUUCACAGCGUCGCUCGUGGCCGGCGGCUGCGCGGGGAUGUGUGUGGACCUCACGCUCUUUCCUCUGGACACCAUCAAGACCAGGCUGCAGAGCCAGCGGGGCUUCUCUAAAGCCGGGGGCUUCCGGGGCAUCUACGUGGGGGUCCCUUCUGCUGCCGUAGGCUCCUUCCCCAACGCUGCCGCGUUCUUCGUCACCUACGAGGCCACCAAGUCCCUGCUGCGCUUCUCUGCAGACCCGCGAAUCGCACCCCUCGCCCACAUGAUCGCCGCUUCCUUGGGGGAAAUCGUGGCCUGUCUGAUCCGCGUGCCCACAGAGGUGGUAAAGCAGCGUGCGCAGGCAUCGCUCUCCUCCAGUACCCUGCAGGUGCUGCUGGGAACCCUGCGGGAAGAGGGCCUAAGGGGUCUGUACAGGGGCUACCAGAGCACCGUGCUCAGGGAGAUUCCCUUCUCCUUGGUGCAGUUUCCUUUAUGGGAAUAUUUGAAGAGCCGCUGGUCACAGGCACAAGGUCACACCCUGCACUCCUGGCAGGCUGCUGUGUGUGGAGCGUUCGCAGGUGGGGUAGCUGCGUUUGUCACCACACCUCUCGAUGUAGCGAAAACCAGAAUCAUGUUAGCGAAGGCUGGGUCAAGCGCGGCGAGAGGUAACGUCCCCCUGGUUCUCCUUGACGUCUGGAAGACAAAGGGCCUCUUUGGCGUUUUUGCUGGCGCCGUACCCAGGGUCGCCUUCAUCGGCAUCGGCGGCUUCAUCUUCCUCGGCGCCUACGAGAAGGUCCGCAGCGUUCUCCUAUAGGGGCGGCUCGUCUCUAGGGAGCCGCUGCCAUUACCCAGGGGGCCGUGCUCCUGCUCAACAGCAUGUGCCUAUCAACGGGCU